AGUCAGACACUAGACGGAUAAAUUCCACACGGCGCGACGCUGCUCCUGUUCACAGAGAAGACACAGAGACAGAGACAGUCACAGAGACAGACACAGGGACACACGGGGACAACUGAGCCGCUUGUAUCUGACACUCACUCGUCACCUGGACCACAUUCACCUUGAGCAGAACCGAGCCCAGAACCGAGACCCGACAUGAUGCUCAGACCGUCCUCAGCCCUGCGCCUCCUCCACCUCCUCGUCCUCCUCUCCGGUCACUGCGCCUCAGGCUCGUAUCCCAGGGCACAAAAUGUCACCUGGAUGUCGACCAACUUUAAAACCCUCCUGACCUGGGAGCCCAGGCCGUCAGCUGAUUACUCCUACACGGUGGAGUUAUCUGCGGUUGGUGGAAACAUCCAGAGGAUUUCUAACUGCGUACAGUUCUUGGGGACAAUGUGUGAUGUGACCCCCGAGUUAAAAGAUCUGAAAGUGAACUACACAGCUGACGUCCUGUCUGAACCCCCCCGGGGGACCCUCUCCGGGUUCGAGUCCCCUCACACCAGCUCGCCACGUUUCUGCCCCUACAACGACACUGACAUCAGCGCCCCUGAGUUUAAGCUGAACGUGAGCGAGGACAGAAAGACGACCACCCUGUACGUGUCCGACCCGCUGACCUCGCUGUAUGAAGGCGAACACCAGCUGACCAUCAGGGACGUCUUCGGGGAUCAGCUGCAGUACAAAAUCACCUACCGCAGAAACAAGAGCACGGGCAAAAAAGUUCACAUCUCAAAGUCCAACAUCGCAGAGCUGACUGACCUGGACCGAGGGGAGAGCUACUGCUUCAACGUCCAGGCCUACAUCCCCGGCCGGAGGCCGGACAAGCAGCUCGGACAGCUGAGUAGGACGCAGUGCUCCGAGGCCGGAGACCAGUCCAUCUUUAAAGUUUAUUCUCCCCGUGUGAUCAUCGUGACCAUCGUCCUCGUGCUGCUGGCCGUUGGCGGGAUCAUAGCUGUGACUGUGUUCUGCUGCAAGCGCCGGAAAAAAGGAGAAGCGUCACCUCGACAGCUUAUCUGAAAGACACAACCAAACACUGUCAGGGUGCCAAACAUAUCAGCUCCAUAUUUGUGAAAUGUAGAUUAUUAAAGUUGUAUUUAUUUUGUUGGUAAUGGUUUUAGUAUUCUGGACCAGGAGCUAAUGAGGGGAAACAUUCUUCUUUCUUGUCUCGCUUUUAAAGAGGUUUGUGUGUUUGUUCA